CCGGGCGGAAGCGGUGAGGCUGUCCGCUCUUAGCUUUUGUUAGAAGCCACAUAAGUUCAAUAAAACAGCGGGGGGCUGAGGUUCUGUGCAGUCUGGGCAAACAGCAUCACGGCUGCAGACAUGCCAAAUCUAAAGCUCAUAUCUGCGACCGACACACAGUAUGCGGGCACUGUGCUGAAGUCCAUGAACGAGCAGCGGAAUAAUGGAUUGUUUUGCGACGUCACCAUCAUCAUCCAGGACAGGAAAUUCAGAGCUCACAAAACCAUCCUCUCUGCCUCGAGCACGUACUUCCACCAGCUGUUCAGCGUGGCCGGACAAGUGAUCGAGAUGAACUUCAUCAAGCCAGAAAUCUUCGAGCAGAUUCUCAACUACAUAUACAGCUCGAAGCUGUACCGGGUCCGCUCAGACAUGCUGGAGGAGCUCAUCCAGGCCGGACAGAUUCUGGGAGUGAAGUUCAUAGCAAACCUGGGCACGCCGUUAAUGCAAGUGAAGGGUCUGCCCGGUUUGUCUAAAGAGACGGAAAACAAGGGCGACGAUUCCGUCGAGGUCAUGCCGAUCAUCACGGAGUCCUUCUCCAUAUCCGCAGAGGAGUUCAACCAGACCAACAAGACAGCUGAUAAUGAGGAGGACUCAGACAGUGACGUGAUGUUCGUCUCGCACACGAGCGCUCAGACCAGAGCUGCCAAUCAGAAGCCCAUCGAGAUCAUCAACUUGGAUAAAGAUUCAGACGACGUCCCGCCGAAGCAGAGCGCCGACUCCAACAGCGAAGCUGUAAAACGAGAGGAAGAAAAUACUCAGAUCUCUUUGAGUUUGAGUUCGAGCUCUGCGAAGACUCCGAGUGUCAGCAGCACCAACAUGAACUUGGUGGGCGGCAGCCCCCUGCGCAGCCCCGACAGCAGCUCCAAUAAUAUAUCGUCCCCAGCCCCAGUGUCCUCGGGGAGCGCUCCCACGACACCGGCCAGGCCCAGCGCCUUCACCCCGGAGCCAUCCAGCGCCUCGCAGUCCUCUGAGAACAGCGACAUACUGGGAGUCCAUAAGAAGCAGGUGUCCACCACGUCUCAAGAGGGGGAUUUUAAAAUAAGACUCACUGACGUGGGAGGAAGUCCGUCAGCUCUGAGUAACAUUCCCAAACCCGCUGUAACAGCGAAAAAGACGGUGACACUCAACACAGCCACAGAGAUCGAUUCCAUUUCGUCGGGGUGUAAAGUGUACGCCAACAUCGGAGAAGAUACUUACGACAUCGUCCCAGUGAAGGAGGAUCCAGGCGAGGGAGGUUCUAAGGUCAGUAAAGGGAAGAGAGCCAUGAUGGCGACGCCUCUGAAGGCCUUUGAUAAAAACCUUGUAUCCAUGAAGGGGGGACCAAGCAAAAAGAAGACCAAGGCAGAACUGGAGGAUCACUACGAGCUCAUCAUGGAUGGGAAGACGUUCUACGUGUGCAUCGUCUGCAAGCGGCCCUACGUGUGUCUGACCAGCCUCCGUCGCCACUUCAACACCCACUCGUGGGAAAAGAAGUACCCGUGCCGCUACUGCAAUAAGGUGUUCGCCCUCGCCGAGUACAGAACUAAGCACGAGAUCAGCCACACGGGGGAGCGGCGGUACCAGUGCCUACUGUGCAAUGAAAUGUUCCUGAACUACCAGCUGCUCUCCACCCACUGUAAGCAGGCCCACAAUCAGGACCCCAGCGGCAGGAAGUCCAAGGACGACAAAGACAACAACCUGUACCGCCUGCUGCCCUGCAAAACGCUGCAGAUGAAGUCGUACUCGUGGACUACGGACGGGAUGGGCGUCCCCGUCAUAUCGGAGGACGGCAGCCUGCACCACAUCCCGUCGAUGGGCGACGCCGUCAACUCGUCCGGCCAGAGCAGGAUGCUGAGCUGGGAGGACGCCUUCAUCGAGCCCGGCACCCACAUGCCGCCCAACGCGCACGCCCAGCUGGGGUCCGGCGUGCACCACCCGUCACAAAGGGCGGAGUUUGACUUCGAUAUACCAGAGACGUACUGAGCGCCAGCCGCCGCUCCGCGUUGUGCCUUUUAUGUGCCCCUCCCCCCGUUUCUGUUCAAUCAUACUCCGGUACGGUCGCAUCGGUCUCUCCACAUUAGUGAAUAAUACUCUAGUCAAAGUAGCAUCUGUCAGACUAAAUGCUCCACUGCAAUUUUUUUUUUUUUUUUUUUUCAUUUUGAUCAAUUGAUGUACUGAUUGUGAUUCUUUGGAAAUUCAGCUCGUAGCCAUAUAACGUUCUAUUUUCUGGAGUUUUUCCAGCCAUUUACUGGGUUCAAACGGUCCACGUGGGAUUGUUUAAUAUAUCCCGCAACAGUAAACCCCUGCAGUGUUGCACUCUAAUGUUAGAGAGAGUCAGAGCUGAAGGUUGCACCAAAACAGGAAACCAGCACUCGCCCCUGGCUUUGAUUGAAGUGUCAGGAAGACAGAGCGAGCGGAUGGAAGUGUAAUGUGACCGUACCUUUUUACUCAUGUUCCUCCGCUUUGGUAAUAGCCUUGAUCUUUUUAUAUCAAUGGAUUAAAUGAUAAUGAAAUCAAAGAGACACACAAACGGUUCACACCUGCUAAAAUCAUGAGUUCACAACAGUUCGUGUGGAUCAAUAAAUGUCCUGCAGAUACGAGGAAACAGCUGAGGCCUAAAUUUGUUGGUGCAUCAUCUGUUUCCAGUGUUUUUAAUAGUACUUUAGCGUCAAGACUGCCACAGCAGAACUAAAAAAAAAUGUAUUGUAAUUGUCCCACUGUGAUUUCCUGCAAAAUAAAAUGAAUUGAAGCAGCCUGAUGUGACCUGUGUCACAUUAAAGGUUUUUUAAAGCUGCUUUAAGUCGGAUUAAAUGUAAAUUCCCUUGAACUUCAAUUCUGUAUGAAAGAAUGUUUAAAUAUGAUCUGAAGUCUAUUUUUUCAGUGUGUUGGCUCUUAGGGACUAUAUGGUUAUUUAUUUAAUUUUACAGAUUCUUCUUACACCCCUGUUCUGUUUGAAUCCCCCUGUAAAUGUUACUUCUUGUCAUUUCUCAGACACUUUAGUGUCUGUUAUUCUGCCCAGCGACAUGACUAGAGUCAAAGCUUUGUCAUGCAGAAUUGAUGAUCGAAUCGACUCCAGGUUGAGGAUCAAUGCAGCCCCACAAAUAGCACUUAGCUUGUCUGUUUUGUUUUUUUUUUGCUGUAAUGUUUUUUUUUUUUGUUUUUUUUUGUACUUUGUCUUUUCAUUUGUGUCAGAAGUUAGCGGUCGGUUAGUACAAGUGAACGUAGUGCUAACAUGGGACUCUAUUCUGUGUCAUCAAAUAAAACCGUUCAGGUUUUGGUCGAUCAAUAAACUGAUUAACAGCA